GGUUAGGCUUACGUUUACUAAGAGAAGACGUCUAAGAACAACUUGAAAAGAGGAUUGUUUUUUUUUUUAAUAUAACAUUUUUUUAGUAAACUAACUUAAAAUGUCUUCGAGUAAGAAAACCAAGAAGGGAACUAGCAAGAAAAGAGCCCAAAGAGCUACUUCAAAUGUCUUUGCUAUGUUCGAUCAGUCACAAAUUCAAGAAUUUAAAGAGGCAUUUAACAUGAUUGAUCAAAAUCGUGAUGGUUUCAUUGAUAAAGAAGAUCUUCAUGAUAUGCUAGCAUCUCUUGGUAAAGACCCACCAGAUUCUUAUCUUGAGGAAAUGAUGAAAGAGGCUCCAGGACCCAUCAAUUUUACAAUGUUUUUAACUUUAUUUGGUGAAAAAUUAAACGGCACUGAUCCUGAAGAUGUGAUAAAAAAUGCGUUUGGAUGUUUCGAUGCGGAUCAAUUGGGAACUAUUCAAGAAGAUUAUCUAAGGGAACUUCUAAUGACCAUGGGAGACAGAUUUACAGAACUUGAAUGUGACGAGAUGUUUAAUGGUGCACCUAUUAAAGAUGGAAAAUUCAAUUAUAUUGAAUUCACGAGAAUCAUUAAACACGGAUCCAAAGAGGAAUAAACAUUGUUAAUAAAUGUAGCUUGUUCAUAUUUCGAAAAUAAUUGGUUUGAUCUUGCACCAUCAUUAACUAUUUGAUGCCAAUACCUGUGUGUUGCACUAUUAGAUAGCUAGACAUGAACAAACUAUAAACAAUUUAUUGAUAUAUUGAUGUCUGGUACUAAUGUUAUAUUUCUCAUUUGUUUUUAUCCAUGGUUACUAUUUUCUAAUGGAAAUAAAUAUUGAAUAAAA